AUGGAACAUGCAAAUGCUAUUGUCUUAGAGCCUAAAGCUAAGAAGCAUUUUGUGCUUGUUCAUUCAGCAUGUCAUGGAGCCUGGUGCUGGUACAAGAUUGUGUCAUUGAUGACAUCUUCAGGGCAUAAUGUCACAGCUCUUGACUUGGGUGCUUCAGGGAUCAACCCCAAACAGGCACUCGAAAUCCCACAUUUUUCUGAUUACUUGAGUCCGCUAAUGGAGUUCAUGACUUCACUUCCUGCUGAUGAAAAAGUAGUUGUUGUAGGCCAUAGCCUUGGUGGACUCGCCAUUUCUAAAGCCAUGGAAACAUUCCCAGAAAAGAUUUCAGUUGCUGUAUUUCUCAGUGGUCUAAUGCCUGGUCCAAGUAUCAACGCAUCCAAUGUCUACACUGAGGCACUCAAUGCAAUAAUACCUCAACUUGAUAAUCGCGUUACAUAUGACAAUGGACCUACGAAUCCUCCAACCACUCUUAUUCUAGGUCCCAAGUUCUUGGCUGCUAGUGUUUACCAUCUGAGCUCAAUUAAGGAUUUGGCGUUGGCCACUACACUAGUAAGGCCAUUUUAUUUAUACCGCGUGGAAGAUGUUACUAAGGAGAUAGUUCUUUCAAGGGAAAGGUAUGGAUCAGUUAGACGAGUGUUCAUUGUAACUGCUGAAAAUAAAAGUCUGAAAAAAGACUUCCAACAGUUGUUGAUUGAAAAGAAUCCACCUGAUGAAGUGGAAGAGAUCGAUGGCUCUGACCACAUGCCCAUGAUGUCUAAGCCCCAACAACUUUUUACCAUUCUUCUGGGCAUUGCCAACAAGUAUACCUAA